AUGGGCGAUCCCGGGGCUGGGAUGGAAAUGGGGAUCGCGGACAGGGACGGAGGGCGGGGUGGGAGGACGGGACCCCCCGCUCCCCCCGUUCCCCCGCACUCACCGCCCGCCGCAUCCCAACCGCGUCCCGGGAGCUCCGGGGGGCGGGGCCGCCGCCGCCACACAGCCAAUAGUGACGCGGGAUCCCCGCUGGCCUCAGUGAUUGACGCGCGCCGCAGCCAAUGGGAAGCGAGCGGGGCCCGCGCGGCCCCGCGGCCCCGGGAGCGCGCACGUGUCGGCGGGGCCGGGCGGGGCGGGGGAAUCCUCCGUGUCCCCCCUUGGACCCCGAUACCGGGAAGAUCCCCCCGUUCCUCCACCCCCGAACUCCGUUACUGGAGGUGCGGGGGGCACCGGCUCCGGUCCAGAGCCACCGGCGGCCGCAGCGGUGCUGCCCCAGGCCCGGCCCCGUUCCCGGUUCCCCCGCGAGACCCUCCCGGACUCGGUACCGGGGCAGCCGCACCCUCCCCGCUGCCCCUGGUGCCCCGGUGGGGCGGCGGGAGCCCCGAGCCCCGCUGGGGGAGGGAUGAUCCCGGCCCUUCCCGGCACGGGGCGGGACUUGGCUGGAUUCCCCGGGAUCCCGGAGAUCCUGGUGCCCAGCGCCGGCACCGGGCGGAGGCGGCGGCACCACCGGGGACCGCGGUGGAGACCGGGGAACCCCGAGGAGGGGGCGCAGAGGGUUCAUUCCCGGGCCUCAGGGCUGGAGGGAUCCCGCGGGGGGGUCCCCAGGGAUUCCCUAUGGAGGCACCGGAGCUCCCGGAGCCGGACGGGCUCUUCCCGGAUCCCCCCUCGCUCCCGGUGCCGGUGCUGGGUUUCCAGACCGUGACGCUCCCGGAGGAUGAUGGCAGCGGAGCCGAGGAGCUGCUGGGGCUCACGGUGAACCCCGACAUCGCCUGCGGCCUCGGCACCGGCCCGGAGCCCCCCCGGCCUGACGGGCCCCCCCCGGUGCUGCUGGAGGUGGUCUGUGACCUCAGCACUCCCCUGUACCCCUCGCUGUUCCCCGGCAUCGAGCUGGCCCCGAGCCCCGAGCCCCAGGCCACGACCCCCCGGUCCAUCCCGGUCCCGCAGCUCCGGCUGACGGAGGAGGAGCAGCGGCUGCUGGUGCAGGAGGGGGUGACCCUGCCCGGGGAGCUGCCCCUCACCCAGGCCCAGGAGCGGCUCCUGAAGAAGGUGCGGAGGAAGAUCCGGAACAAGCAGUCGGCGCAGGACAGCCGGCGGAGGAAGAAGGAAUACCUGGACGGGCUGGAGAGCAGGGCGGCCGCGUGCUCGGCACUGAACCAGGAGCUGCGGAAAAAGGUCCAGGAGCUGGAGAAGAGCAACGGGUCCCUCCUGCGGCAGCUCCAGGCGCUCGUCAAGGAAACGUCCAACAAGCCCGCCCAGACCGGCACCUGUGUCCUGCUCCUGUUCCUGUCGCUGGGGCUGAUCCUGCUCCCCAGCUCCAGCCCGUUCCGCGGGGGCGGCAGCCGGGACGGCCUCGGACCCACCGGAGUGAUCUCCAGGAAUAUCCUGACGCGGCGGGAGCCGGGAGCGGCCGGAGAAUCCCCGUUCCCGGUGGGGAUGUCGGGGACAGAGCCCGGAUCCGGUGUGGAGGAUGGAGCCGGGGGGGGACCCGGGGAUGGGAUUCCCGCCCCCCAGGGGGAUCCAGGGACCAAUUCCUCCAGGCAGGACGUGGGGACAGGGACACGGGGGCGUGGGGAUGAGAUGUGACCGGGGGUCCUCAGGAUGGGGGGAACAU